AUGGGGAAACCCUUGCAACUAAGUCGUCUUCCCAAAACUUCGCGUAUACGAACCGUCAAUUUUAGACGUACGACGCCGGGGGCCUUGUCUCGUCUCAUUGCACCCCACUCGGAAAAAACAGAACCAUUCCAAGUCAUUGACGAGUCACAUCCAUGGUCAUCUAGGCAUCCAAGAACAUACGCUUCUAAGCUUCCUGGUUAUCAAAAUGCGUUUAUAAAAGUGCGCGCAUUCCCAAAGGCGCUGUUGGGACAGCCGGAACGACCAUACCCUGAUGCACUACCAUCUGCCAGGAACACCCCGUACGGAAAAGAUGGAAGACUAGGAGGAAAUAGGAGGACGAUCAACAUGUCGUUGAUGUUCAUCAUGUCGAAGAAGGACCUGCAUAAGUCGGCUGUUGUGCGCAACCGCAUCAAGACGAGGGUUAAGUCGGCCAUUGGGAUGGUUGUGACGCGUGGUGCGACGGUGGAGGAGGCCGAAGGAACGGAAAAUUUAGUACAAAGUGACGAUGACAAUGGAGAGAAGUGGAUUCUACAGGAUUGGACGUAUGUGUUCAUACCGAGCAUAGAAGUGUAUCGCUUGCCAUUGACGGCUCUCGUUUCGGGGAUCCAAGAUGCACUUUUGAAUAUAAACUCGAAGUGCCGUACUCUGGAGAAUGUUUGGAAUCUGGAGGCUCUACGUCGACCAAACGCGCAGUCCACGUCGUCUAAUCUGAAUGGUGUUUCCAAGACUGGACGAGCUUCGAGAGGAAGGUCUCGCCAAUCUUUGGAUGCACUUGCGCGGGUAAAAGCGUUAUUAAAACCCUAUGCAUCAUUAGAUUCGAUACCAGACGAAGAUUUACUUGGCAACGAAGGAGACGAGGUCGAUCUUCCUGCGAAGCCCUCUCCAACUUCAAAUGGUGAGCCGAACACGCUGCGUAGGAGGCGACGGCACUCCAGGGACAGCGCAGGAUUGGAGGAGGAUAACCUCACAGGAAUAGAUCAUCGACGACACGCAAGGAGAGCAGACAUUGACAGGGAGGCGAAUAUUACGCGGGAAAGCGACAAUAGCCCGAGUGCGAUACAGGCAAUUUUCAGUCGCAGGCCAAUCUUGAAGCCUGUUAUUCCGGAGAAACGUCAGCGGCAGAGGAAAGAAUGAAGAAGUGGCUGCUUUUAUUCCUUCGGAUCGACCUUUGUUUCCUCCAGAAACGACGUUCGUGGGUGUAUAUCAUGUUGGCCAUGGUUUUUUUUGCUCAGCACAAAGUUUGUUUCUUUUUUCGUGCCCUUCAGGCAGUCCCGGUGGGGUCUUAUUCACAGGUGAUGGAAUGACGGCGCCGGCCGUACGAAUCGCCAAAUGCAUGAUGCUUGAAUUUGCAACUACAUCCCACAUCUAUUAUGCACUUCCAAACGUUUGCCGUAAUCCGAGAGUCAAACAAUUUCUGCUCACAUCUAUGUGCUCGUCUUCCCGUAUAAUCCAGAGUUAUUCGUACCUUAUCACGAUGAUAGCCUGAUGGUAUGUCCCGAGCCAUCAAGUUAUAAACACAUACCUCUGGAAGUCGCGUGCCAAUAUAUUCACAGUUGGGACUUGUGGUCGUCUGUCGUCGGUGUGGUACUGCAAGCAUUAGUGGUGGCAUUCGAUUGUAUGCUGUCC